AUGAGUAGGCUGUCUGCUACAAAGAGAAUACCAAAAUACCUACUGAAACGAGGUGUUUUUUUAAUAGCUGUAAUAAUAGUAAUAAUAAGUAAUACAUUCUUAUUUUGUAAAUUAAGAGAUAUAGAUUUUCCAUUUGUUUUAUUUAAUAGAAUUGGGUACACGAUUAAUGGUGAAAAUAAAGUUUUUGAUGAACAUACAAUUUAUAAUUAUUUUCAAUCAAAACCAAUAGAAUUAACAGAAAAAGAAAAAAGAAUAAAACAAAUUGUAUUAUCAAGAGAAUGUGAAUAUGUGGAUUUAGUAUAUACUUGGGUAAAUGGUUCAGAUCCAAAACAUAUCGAUAGUCAUAAGAAAACUAGAAUGAGUUUACAAGCUGAUGAUAUCUCUGUAAAUAGAUAUAUACCAUCUUCAUUUAGAGAUCUCAAUACUUUAAAAUAUUCAUUAAGAAGUGUUAGACAAUAUGCACCAUGGAUUAAAAAUAUUUUUAUAAUUACUGCAAAUCAAAUACCGACAUGGUUCGAUAUUGAAAAUUCUGAAAAUGUUAGAUUUAUUUCACAUAGUGAUUAUUUUCAUAAAAAGUCAGAUUUACCAACAUUUAAUUCAAAUUCAAUUGAAUCAAAUUUUUGGAAUUUACCAAUUGAAGUUUCAAAUUGUUUUUUAUAUUUAAAUGAUGAUAUAUUUUUUAGUAGACCAGUUAAACAAAGUGAUUAUUUUGAUGAAAAUAAAAAUUUUAGACAAUCCGUUUUUUUAACGGAAUAUUUAAUGGGUAGAAAAGCCUAUUUUCUAGAUUUAUAUGACCAAUAUUCAAAAGCAAUUUUAUUUUCAAAUAGAGCAUUGGCUUCAAUUUGGGGUCAAGAUAGAAAAAGGAGUAUACCAGCUCAUGGAAUUCAAGUUUUCAAUAGAAAGAUAUGGUAUAAAAUGCAAGAAGAAUUUGGUGCAGGUUUAGAAAUUACAUCUUCAAAUAAGUUUAGAAAUAUAACUGAUUUUCAAAUCUCACAUUUAUAUAUUCAAUUUGCAUUAAGAUAUUCAAAACCAAUUAUAGGUUCAGAUGAUGUAUUAUAUAUUCAAUUAAAUAAUGAAAAUUUUGAUGAAAAAUUAGAAAUCCUUAAAAAUUCCAGAGAUGAAACAAACUCAAUAUGUUUAAAUGAUGGUUUGGAAUUUAUUAAUGAUGAUCUUCAAAAAAAAUCUGAUGAUACUUUUAAUUUCCUAUUCCCAAUUAAAUCUAAUUUUGAAAAAUAA